CAACGCGCUCGACAACAGUUUCGGCGACGUCGACUCGAGUCACAACCACUGCUCCUGUCGGCAGCGGAACCGCAACAUACAGCGGGAAUCCCUUCUCCGGUGUUCAGCAGUGGGCUAACUCCUACUAUGCCUCCGAGGUCACUGCAUAUGCUGUUCCCACGCUUGGUGCUGCAGCGGCAGCUGUUGCCAAAGUGCCCAGCUUCAUGUGGCUCGAUACAUAUUCCAAGAUAGCCUUGAUGGGAACAACGCUGGCUUAUAUUAGUGCGGCCAACAAGGCUGGUGCCAAUCCGCCAAAUGCCGGCAUCUUUGUCGUUUAUGAUCUUCCCGACCGGGACUGUGCUGCCGCCGCCUCCAAUGGAGAGUACUCCAUCGCGAACGGAGGCGUGGCUAACUACAAGAAGUACAUUGACGCCAUUGUUGCUCUAAUCAAGCAAUACUCCGAUGUUCGCAUCCUGCUCGUCAUUGAGCCCGACAGUCUCGCCAACCUCGUCACCAAUAUGGCCGUCAGCAAAUGUGCCAACGCCCACGACGCCUACCUCGAGUGCACCAACUACGCCGUGACUCAGUUGAACCUCCCCAACGUCGCCAUGUAUCUUGAUGCCGGCCACGCCGGCUGGCUAGGCUGGACUGCAAACCUGCCCCCCGCAGCGUCCCUCUUCGCUCAAGUCUACAAGAACGCCUCAUCGCCUGCCUCUCUGCGCGGCCUCGCUACCAACGUAGCGAACUACAACGGGUGGAACCUGACCUCGGCGCCGUCUUAUACCGCGGGUGAUUCCAACUACGACGAAAUCCACUACGUCAACGCACUUGCUCCAGCACUGCAGAGCGCGGGAUGGACGGAUGUGCAUUUCAUCACUGACACGGGACGUAGCGGGAAACAGCCCACGAGCCAGCUCGCAUGGGGUGACUGGUGCAACGUCAUUGGGACCGGGUUUGGCAUGCGGCCCACGGCUAAUACGGGGUUAGAGCUCGAGGAUGCGUUUGUUUGGGUUAAGCCGGGUGGUGAAUGUGAUGGGACAAGUGACACUUCUGCUGCACGGUAUGAUUACCAUUGUGGACUGUCGGAUGCGCUGCAGCCGGCUCCUGAGGCGGGGACUUGGUUCGAGGCGUACUUUGAGCAGCUUUUCAAGAACGCCAAUCCUGCUUUUACUUGAGGAUUGGGAUCAAUUGGUUUGUUGCGCUGCUUCUUGAGGAGAAAUGUGCACAGUUCCAGGUCACGGAAGAAGUAAAUGCUGGGGGCAUUGUCCUCUUCUGCGUAUAUACUUGAGCAUCU